AUGCGGAAUUUUCACAAGUAUAAAUCGUCCAAAGAAGGCAAUUUUACGAAAAGACUGUCGAGUGACGAGAUUAUGCUGACAUCGAUAAAAUCAUCGGUGUUACACAAUGCACGUGAAUUUGGUUCUCCCCUUCUGUCACAGACGAUUUUAUUAAGAUUGAUAUCAAACACUUGCUACUAAUAGCAAAUUUUGUUUGGCUAAUUCUACAAUUACUCGUAAAAUCAAUUUAUUUUUUGAUGGGUCAACUCCUCGCACCUUUUCUACUAAUAUUGCCAGAUUGAAUGCACAUCGAAUACUACCGUACAUAGUAUUGGAAUACUACCAACAAAUUUAAAAUGAAUUUCAAAUAAAUUAAAAACGAGUUACCAUUAUUUAAAAUUUUUCAAACAUUUUCAUAAUGUACACCGUGUUCUAAAAUUGGCUCUAAUAAUUAAUAAUUCAUAAUUUUUACAAGUACUUAUAUAGGCAUUAUAAUAAUAUGAAAUAAUAAAAACAAAUUUUAUAGACACAAUAUUGAUUAUAAUUAUUAUGUGCUUAAAAUUCGAGUACUUUUUUUCGGAAUAUUUCUCUUUUAAUAAAGGGAGAUAAUACAACAACAUUAUUAUUUUUAUUUUACUAGACUAUUCUAGCAAUUGCAUUUUUUUUUUAUUAUUAUUAUUAUUAAAAAUAGAAAAAUCGAAUAUGAAUAUUAUUCAUGGUGUUUAUAUUUAAUAUGAAAUGAAAUUGAAUUGAAACAAAAAAAAUAUUUCAACAAACACAUUUUAUUAAAGUACAUUUUAUUGCACAUGUGGUAGUUUUUUUUAGCAUAUUUGUAUGUUUUUAACUUCCUUUUGUUCCUAAGCUAACUUAUAAAAUUAUAGUUAAAGUGUUCAUGACUUUUUUUUUAAAUGAACAUAGUCGGUUUAAAUAAGCUAGUUUAGUAUGUUUAUAACAAGAAACAUUUUUAUAACGUUUUUAUAUUUAACAUUUUAAAUAAUGUUAUUGAAUCUUCUUUUUUUUCUUUCAAAAAACAAUUUUGUUUAGUUAAAAUUUUCAGAUUUUGUCAUGCUCUACAAAAUAGGUGCAGAUUUUCUAUUUAGAAUUAUCAGAAUUUUUUUAUUAUUAAUUAUAAUAGCCAAUGCUAUAACCUGUUGUAUAUAAUGUAAAUAUUUGUAAAAUUUCAAAUAAAUACUGAAAUUAUUUGUAAUUAAGGAAACACAUUUUGAAACUUUUUUAUGGUAUUCUGAGACCGUUUGGGUAGAUUUAGGGGAGGGCGUAAAGUUUCCUCCCUCAAAAAAUAUUGAUUUCAUAAGAAAUUGAGGAAUUUACAAUUAACCUAAUCAAAUUAGAUAUUAUUUGUAAUUAGUUAGUAAUUGUUUGACUCCAAUGUCAAUUUCAUCGAUUGAUCGAGAAUUGGUUCAACGAGUAAUAAUUAUAUUAUUACACUCGGUGUACGUUCUAAAAUUCAUUUUGGUUCUCCGUAAACGCGCGUCAUUACUGUGCAUAAUGGACUGGAUACGAAAUAUAAUAUUAUUAUUCCCAGGGUUCGUACAAAUACAAAUUAUAUACUAGCGGACGUCCGGAUCGCGGACACUUUAUAAAUUUAAUAUGUAAAUCGGCUUUAAGGACGAAACAGCAAAACAAAUGUUUUUAAUGUUUUUAUUAUAGCAUACAAUGCGCGAUGUGCACAGCGCGUUUAUAUAACAUUAUGUUUCUGCUUACGUUACUGAUGUAAUAUUGAGCCGUACAUGAAAUAUACAUGUAAAAAAAAAAACACAUAAAAGUAUACAUUUUCCUGGUUUUCCAUAUUGUGUUUCCUUAAGGAAUGUUCUGCUGAUGAUUGCAUACAUCCUAGUUGUGUAGCCCGGGUUACCGGAGGCCAUUUGCUCCUAUCCCUGAAAACUUAUUUUUUUCCAAUUUAAACUUUGAAGCAUAUUAUUUUGUAUUUUGUAUUAUUUUUUUCAUAAUAAUUCUCAUUGUAAUACCUUAUCUAACCUAACCUAACCCACAAUAUAAUAUAUUAUUAACUUAAGCAUAGUGACGUUUUGUUUUUCAUACAGACAUACUAUUCAAUUUCCGGACGACGUUCGUGAACAAAAAGGGUGAAGUAGUGUCCGAUUCCAAAACGAUCGCCUUCAAUUACUUGAAGAGUUGGUUCGUGGUGGAUUUAUUCGCUGCGUUGCCGUUCGACCUGUUGUACGCUUCCGACGUUUACAGCGGAGACGUGAGUACACCUAUAAUAUAUAUUAUAUACAUCCUGUGUAGUCGGUAUAGUUGUAUUUGUCGAGGGGGGAGAGGAAGAAAAGCGGUAGUGUUGUGGCAACGGCCGUAAUACUUUACCCUUAAAGUAUAUAUACGAGUAUAUAGGUUACACUUAGAGACAAAUUUACGAUCUUUGCGAACUAUCUUCGUGAACCGCGUAUAGUGUACGCCCUAAACACGCCGGUAGUUUACAGUCAAUUUACCUCUAAACACGACGUGAGAACUCGUACAACACUCGCACGCUUCGACAAUAUAGAGAGUAUAAUAUACUAGAGAGAGAGAGAGAGAGAAAGAGGGAGAAAAUAAGAAACAGACGAUAGCGGAAAACUUUUCGAAAAAACAGGUUGCGGUUAUGUGAAAGAGAAAAUAGAAUAGAAUAGAAUAGAAUAGAAUAUAGAAUAGAGAAUAUAAAACGAAAAAUCCUCUUCACUGGCAACAAUUUGUUGCCCCGGGUUAGGAAAAAAACAACAAGGAAAGAGGGAAAUGGGAAAUAUAGCAGUAUUUUUUUUUUAAAAUUGUUUUUUUAUUUUAUAAAACUAAAAAAAAAUGUUUUUUUUAUAUUAACAGAGGUUUCGUCUAGAAUUUAAAUAUAUUUAUGUAUAAAACAAAAUUACUACUUGAUUUUUUUUUCUUUUACUCCUUGCUCUUUACCCUAACUUCUUUUUGCAUAGGGUCUCCCCUCACCACCAUCCCCUCUUACUGGCAGUUGCCCGUUCAAAUAAUCACGACUGACGAAAAAAUGUUUUGUUUUUGGGUUCCAACGUAUACGUAUACCUAUACUAUACUUUUACGACGUUGAAAAAUAUAAUGCGAUCUGAGUAUAAUAGUAUACGAGUAUAUAAAAGCCGAAAAGAAAUCUAAUUUGUUAUCGAUGUAGAUACGCGCGCGCGCGCUCUCGCGAAUGUGUGCGGCCAGAAACGACGACGGAACAUUAACCGUCGAUAAAUCAUUGUUCUUUGCACACACGAUUUAAUUUCUUUUAGUAAAACUGCACAUAAUAUAUUAUGUGGAUUAUGUGUACGCGCAUGUGUAUGUGUGUGUGUGUGUGUGUGUGUGUCGAUUGUAAUGUAGAGUGGGAUAUUAAAAAAAUGAAUUUACAAAUUAUUCGAAUAUACGCUUUAUUAUUUUAAUAACAAGAUUUCGGGCAUUCUAUUAUAAUUUAAAUAAAACGGAGCAUAAUCGAAUUGACCUAAUCCCUUAUCUCCACACAUAUUUUAUAUUGUAGAAAUAUUCUUUGUCAAACGAUAAAUAACUGAAUGGCCGAUGCUGUAAUAAUACAAUACGACACUGACUGUAGUGUUUCUAUCUGACUUUUUUAAUUACGUGACCAGGUAGUUUACUCAUUAAGUACCUACAAACAAAUUGAACAAUUGCGAUUAAAAAUUUUUCUCAGUAUUCUAGUUAUUUUAAUUAAUAUUAAUAGAUAUAGUGCACAUAUAUCAUACUACAAAUUAUUUUCAAAUGUAACAAAUAUAUAAAUUUGAGUAUUGUAAAAAUGAAAAAGGCAAACAUAUAAUUACCCCUAUUUAUUUCAGUUUAUUAUUAUUUUAUAUAGGUGCAUACUCAUAGUUUUUUUUUUUAGAUCAUUUACACUUUAGUUGCUUUUUUACAAAUCAACAGCAUUUUCUUAAUUUAAAUAUGGCGAAUUACAGGAGUUUUAUUUUCAUAUGAUAUCCAUAAUCGAUAUUCUAACAUUAUUCCAGUAAUUGUAAUUAUAUUUUGUAAAAAAAUUAAUAAAAUAUAGAUUAUUAUAAGAGUUUUGUGUAAUAAUAUAAGGUUCACGAUUUAUUGUGAAAAUAAUAGUAAUCAGUAUAACCCUUUUGGGUACUCCGUAAUUCAUGUUUUCAGGCCUAUUAGUUGUAGGCUAUUCUCUUUGAAAGUUGCUUUGAGAAUGACUGGUAAAGGCUGUUAUAUGCUGGUGAUUACCGGAACUAACCUAUCGGCAUUUGUAUAGCAAAUAAUGAUAACCAAUACGAACGUCGUAUUUGGCUGCUAGCCGUAAUGGUAUAACAUAUACGGUUGACGGGAGUAAGAUAAAGACAACCACUCGACGAUUUAGUCUUAAUUGAGGAUUAGAAUGAAUAAUAAUUAUAUCGAACAUUUGUGGUAAUUGAUAAAGUUGUAUAGUAGUUCUGUCGACUAAUUACAUUUUAGAGCAGACAUCAGACUUUUGGGAAGAAUUAUAGCGGAGAACAGAAUCCCAUAGCGGUGGAUUUUGCUAUAUACCACGAUUUUCGUGAAAUCUGGUGUGCUUCUAUAGAUAGGUAUUUUCGAGUUAAUUGAUAAUCGGUAUUUUAAGACCUUUAGACGGAAAUUAUGUUUGAUCGAACACACGUCUAAUUAUAUGAUAGAUACUACACUGCCAGGUUUAAGUCAUAUAUCGUCGUUUAAGAUGCAACGCCCGACAUCUCAUGUUUAGUCAAAUUGUGUUGGCAUGCACUUUCUUAUUUAAAAUGUUGAGGAGAACCGUUUAGAAUAUUUUUCAUAAUUAUCAAGAAUGUUUUAUAAAACUAUGGGUAUUUCAGUGUUUAAACCUUGUAUUAUAUCGUGAGUUUUAAUAAAAUUAUUGUGUUUUCUAUUAAAAAAAAAACCCCCCAUUUAAUCGAUUAAUAAAUACGAAAUAAGAUAUUAGUUUUAAAUAAACCAGUUCUCGCCUGAGAUAUUCUUAUCUUAGGCGAUGAUAUAAUAUAUUAAUAUUGUGUCUGAAGAUUUCGGUGUUUCCGAAUUUAAACCGUAUAUAUCAUACAAGGCCACCUUCUCAGUGACACGGUAGAAAUUGAACCUAAAAAAUAGACAAGUAGAAAUUCGAAAAAAAAAUCUACACAAAUACAUAAUCGAUGACGUGAAUAAAAUAAUGAUGUGCUCGUAAAAAAAAAAAAUUAGCUUUGUAUAAUAUAAUAAUAUCUUUGAUAAUUAUUGUAUUACACACAGGUCCUCGUACAUUUAAAUAUACAUAUUUAAUUAAGUUAUUUUUUUUUCUCGUUAGUUAUUUCAAUUGAAAUUAUCUAGCCCGUACAGUAACACCCAUAUUUAUCACUCUCUCCUAGGUAAAUGUAGUGUCCCUAGGUAAGUAUCACUCUGAAAAUAUAUAGCAAAUCCUCGCGGAAUGUUCAAUGAAUAUAAUAUGUACGUAUAAUUUUGUUAGGUUAAUAUCGAUUUCGCGGGCACGGCCGACUGCAGCAUUAUCAGGGAUAAUGUGAAAUUUACAUAAAUUAUUGUUUCACUAAAGAUAAAUAUUAUAGGUACCUAUUUUACGAUAUUUUGUUCUCUAUGAUCGUCGUCAUAAUCCGCGGUCGGUUAAAUAUUUCUCGCCCGUGCACCAGUUAUAAUAUUGUAAUAUAAUAUGCUACGGAAUAAUAUUAGCUACUUGUCGAUUAUAAUAAUAUUAUGUUAUCUUACACAGAGUGUUCCAUCUUGUAUGUAUCAUUAAAUAUCUCACCCUGAUAAGCCGUAAAUUGAAAUGCGGUAUUCUGAUUAUCAUGGUUAUAUCCAUCGGAUAGGUAUAUACUGUAAUAUUGUUAUUUGUCAUACAUUAGUAAAAACAACUAUCAUUUACGACAGUUACUAUCGGAAAACUGUGAGUGUUUAUAUAAUGCUUUUGCAUAUUUUUAUUAAUAAGUAAAAAAUGUACUCAGUAAUUUAUGUCACAGUCAACAUUAUUGUAGUUUGCAUGUGUAUCGGCAUUUUUGGUGCAUAUUUUAGGCUUUUACACUUUUUUUUUUUUUAUUUAAGGAUUUCAUACAUUUCAAAGACAUUUUAUACUCAACAAAUGUAAAAUUAUAUAAUAAUUGUUUGUGAUUUGGAAAUAUUAGGAUGUAGUGGCGUAGCCCGAAUUUUAGGGUUGAGGGGAUGUCUUUCAUAGUUUAAUACUUAUAUUUUCUAUAAACACUUAAAAAGUGUGAUUGUUAUUGAUUUUAUAUUAUUUACAUAUUUUGUUAAAGUUAAAUUUGCUAACCAAAAAUGUAUUUUUAUUUGAUUUUAAAUUAUACAAAACUAAUAGUAGUGAUUGAUUGAAGGUACCAAAAAUUCGAUUAUAGAUAAAACUUAUCAGUUAUCACUUUUUUUUGUGUCAUCGAUAAGAAAGAAAAAUUUAUCAUUUGCUGUUAAUGUUAAAUAAACAAUUUAUAAGUAUGAAAUAUAUAAUAUACUAUAAAUAGUAUGCAUAGAGCAUUGUCAAGUGAUUGUCCCUUUGCCCCCCUUCCAUAAAUACACCACACAACAUUAUAGAACUUUUCUUUCGAUAACAUACGAUUUAAUACAAUUUUGUCUUUAGAAAAUACUUUAAAUUAUAAUCUAAUAAAAAAAAUGUAAAACAUUGGUAUAAAGAUUAUUUAUAACAAUAUAAUACAAUUUUCGAAGAUUUUUUUUAUAUAUAUUUGAGUAAUUUUUAGGGGAUAUAAAUAUCUGACGUUGUAUUAAUAUAUGAAUUCUACUAUCAUUCGAUUUUAAUAACAAUACCCUACUCUUAUUAUUUUACUAUCAUGAUGCUGUUUUACUAAACAAUUGUAUCUACAUAAAACCAAAUAAAAAUGAAACAAAUUCGGAAUUUCCAAAUGUCUCUAAUGUUAGAGCUUAUAACAAAAAAAAUAUAAAAAAGUAAUAUAAUGGAGACCAAUAAACCAUUGCUUACGAAAAAACGAUUCUGAGCGGAGUUCAGUUAAUACUUUGUCAAUAAAAUGUAUGCCAUAUUAUAAUAAAACAAUUAAAUAGGCUCUAUAUAUUUUCCUUAAUAAUAUUUGUUUAAUGUUGUACCAAUUUUUCCUGUUUUCCUUCGUUUUUCCUGGUUUUCCCACGUUUUAUCCCAGUUUAUCACAUUCGUUGAGAAAACUCGUGAGAAAAUCGAAAAAUGACCUCUCUAAAGUGCACAAAAAAAAUAAAGGCCGUCAUAUAUUUAAAUAAAUACCUAAAUUUCUUAUAUUUCCCUGGUUAUUUUUUUCGAAUUUUCAAAUUUUAAUGAAAAAACUCUUGAAAAAAUCGAAAAAUUAGCUCCCCACAUCGAUAAGGUACUACAUUUAGAUUUCUAAAUUUCGACUACCUUUAUAUCGAAUAUAAUUGUGUUAAACUAUUGGAAGAGAAUUAUUAUUCUGAUAUUAUAUCAUAUGUUUUGUUCACUAGGGAUUUAUUUUAUUCGAAAUAUACGCUUUAUCUAACCCGGAUAAAGGAAGUAGGUAUAAGUAUGUCGUAGUCUUACAUUUCAUUUCCCAAUUAUUAAAUUGGGUAAGAUCGACUUUACCUAAAGCCGAGGAUUAUCCUUAACAUGAUGCAAUAUAUUUAAUAAUAAUAAUUUAUAGUAUAGGCGCAUAUAUACGCUCGACUUUGAAAUCGAUACCAGUUGACAUUUAACAGUAUAUAAUAUAUUAGAAUAAAAAAUAAUAAUCAUAUGGAUACCGUACAUCGUAACAAAAUAUUAUAAAGCAGGGUUAAUAUAAAUAUAUAAAAUCGUACAAAACGUAUGCUAUUUUCUAUGUAAUUUUAAUACAAUUUAAUGACCAAUAUUUCUGUUAAAACUUCUCAAACUAUUUUUUGUGUCAAUUUAUGUAGGUAAUUUUAACAAAAAUUUCAAAGUAAAAAGAUAAUAUUUGAUAUUAAUAAUAGGCACCUAAGUAAAUUAUUUAAUUAAUAUUAGGUAUGUCAAUAUUCUAUAGUUAAACUGGAUAACAUAGUGUCCCUAUGAAAACACGUGAAAAAAAAUAAAAAUGUAUGACAUUAAUUGUGUAAAUAUUAUGCCAUAAUACUUAUAGUUGAAGGUAUUAUACGUAAAUUGGGUGGAAAGAAGUCAAUGCGGAAGUUUUUCGCACUAAGUGUUAUAUGGAUAAAAUUAAGGGUUAUAUACUAUACAUUUUAUACUGAAGUAUAGAUAAUACAUACUUCGAACUAAAUAUUAUACUGUAUAAUACGUUAUUUAGUUAGCAAUUUAGGACUAUAGAUGAAUAGGAGAAUGAAAUACUGUAUUUGAAUGACGCUAUUAUAUUGUCAAGAAUGGGCCUUUUAGUUUUGGGGGUAUCGACUUACAACCCAUAUCCCUAACACGUGUAUGAUAAAUAAUUUGUUUUUUCUUAAAUAUUAUACAGGCUGUCCCAUUAAGAUAUACCCCUUGAAUAUCUCCGGAGAUAAUAAAGAUAAUCAAAUUCUGUUUUUUUUUUUUAUAUAUUACUCACAGAGAUGAGGGCUACAAAUAUUUAUAUUCAAAUUUAAUUUUUUUAUUUUAUUAAAAACUUAAAAAAUAACUUUUUAUUUUAUUAUUUUCUGAAAAUUUUAAUGGAGCACACAUUUUAAUCCGAUGAAUAGUUUCUAAAUAAAAGCUAUUUAAAUUCUUCUGAUCCGUGUGAAAACCAAUAUAAAUGUGUGAUACACUAACAUUUUCAGAAAAUAAUAAAAUAAAAAGUUAUUUUUUAAAUUAUUUUGAUAGAAAAAAAAAAUUAAUUUAAAUAUAAAUAAUCGUAAACUUUAUCCCCGUAAUUAAUAAUCAAAAAAAUAAACAGAAUUUGAUUAUUUUAUUAUUUCAGGAGAUAUUCAAGGGGUAUCUUCGUGAAACAGCAUGUAUAUAUAUAUUUCAAGAAAUAAACAACACAAUCUAUGGUAAAAAAAUAAUGACAACAAGCACAAUUAUAAGGUAUUUAGGAUAGGAAGAACCAAAUAUAAUAGCCCGCCUUCGGUAUUUGAAACUUCUAUAUAGGUUAGGAAAUAAAGAUAUUGUUGGAGAGAGUGAGCAAAAAAUGUUUGCUUCUGCUGGGAACACCCAGAGGAGUGACUUAAUUAGUGAUGCGUAUGGCAUAUUUAUGCCUUCCGCGGUCUUCCAUGCCGACGACUCCCACUUCACUAUAGUAGCAACAUGAGUGGCUCCAUGUGGGCAAUACGUUUAAUUAAUAUUUUGAAUUAACGUAUGCCAUAUUUAUGUCACCACACUAGUAUUUAAUAAAGGAACUGGUAAUUGCGCUGUGUAAUCUUGAUCGUUUAUUUUACAUAGUAGUUAUUUAAUAUAUUACAAAUUGCAAUCAAAUUUUUUUAAGUGAUCAUGUCCCCGUGAUCAUCAUACAAAAAGAGAAAAAAAUUAAAUUGCAUUAUAAACUGCACACAGAAUUUUUUUAUAUCGCGCAAUAAAAACGGUUGUAUGUGGUUAAUAGACGUCAUAUGGCGUUAGUGUUAUUAGACGUUAGACAAUAUACAAAUAAUCAUUAUGUUAUGCAACAAGAAAAAAUGUGUUAGUAUUGUUAGUUUUUGAAAGAAAAUAUGAAAAGAAAAAGAGAGUAUAAUUUUAUUUUAUGGUGUAAUUCGUGUUUUUUUUUUUUUAUAGAAAAAAGAAAAGAAAGAUUAAGAGAGAAAAAAAAAGUGAAGAAAAUUUAAGUGGUUAUGGUUUUGAGUACAUUUAAAGAAGAAGAAAGAGAUAGAGAGAGAAAAAUGUAUUUAAAUCCCAGGUUCUUCAUCUUGAUUGUUGUGUCUUGAUGUAUUUUCACUUUGUUCACUUGAAUUUCCUUCUAUUUUUUCAUUUUGGUACCGUUCAAUUUUCGUGUUGUAUUUUUAUUUAGUUUUUUUUUUUAUAUUGCUUAGUGAAUUUGUGUUGAAUAUUUGUAUAGUUUUAUAUUUAGUUUCCAGUUUUUGAAUUUUUCGGAUUAGCUUCAUAUCUUUCUGUGCGAAAUUAAUAUUUAUGCCAGAACGUAUGCAUCCCGCCAUCUGUAGCACUCAUGGCCCACAGUCGUAAAUAUUUUAUUGGUGGGAAGUUUGGCGGUUUUCUGUCUCCCAUAUGGAAAGCUGUAGCCCACAUUCCAUUUCUUAACUUCGCAUAAAGUUUGCUAUUAAUUUGUUGGGUUUGGAGUGGUACUUAGCUAGGCCGUUUUGUUGAAAAACGGUGUUGUUCCAGAUGUCCUCACUGAUAAGAAUCCAAUGGUUCAAAUUAAUGUGUGUCGGAAAGAGUAUAAUUUUUUUGUCGAAAAAAUCGACCUGGAUCCACUUUAAGACACUUGGAAUUCCCUUACUAGCAAACUGUGUUGCUAAUUUGGUACAUAUAUAGUGCAACAUACUGUUUUGUCCCACUAAUAUUUCCAUGUAUUUUUCGAUAUUGGUAGAAUCGUACCAAGUGCGGUAUAUUGGAAGUUUUCGCGAUGAAAAUUAAACACGCCUUCCGGUACAAACAAAUAAUUGCACUAAUGAAGCAGGAAGAUUGCAAAGGAUAAAAAUAAGAUGUUUGAUAAUGAAUCGGUUCCAUGUAUUCAAUGGCAACAAUAAAAACACAAAUUCAACAAAAAAAAAAUAACCAGUCAGUUCUAGAACCUGAUUUGGUUUUAGGUGGUAAUCAUCUAGGCCAUGAUCUAAGGCUAAUCGAUGGAAUCGUUUUGCAGGCACCUGUAUCGAUUAAUGAUAUGCAACUGGAUUACACGUCUUCGCUGUCGUCCGGUUACGACAUGAAAGUAUUUCACUUAUCUUCGGUGCUUGAACAACUUGCAGAUUAGCCAGAUUAUAGCAGAGUUAUACAAUUAUCGAAAAAGAACGUAACAAAAAAAAUGGAGAAAAUAAUACAUGACUUAAUUGUUCUAUUAAAAUAAAUGUAUUAAAUGCAGGUGACAAAUUAGAAAUGUUAACUCAAGAACCUGAUUUUGUUUUAAGUGGUAUUCACUUUAACCAUGGUACCUCAUACUAUGAUAAAGACACUUUGCGCGAGUUGCCUUCCCGCCGCAUAGUUAAUUAAGGUAGAAAUCACUGUACAUGCUAGCAUUGGCAUGGUCGAAGUGUAACUCAAAAUGAUCAAGGCGCUGCCGUCUUGUUAACUGUACAACUAGAUAUCAAAACAAAGAAUAUAUCAAAGGCACGAACCACCUGCUUUCUAAAAUUUAUUUAAAGGGAAAGCUAUUGUUUACAGAGGAAAAAUAAAUCCUAACUCCAAAAACUUGGCGUUUGUUUAUAUUCCAUGCAGAGAAUGUAAAUGAAGUCCAUUUAAUUAAAGUACCAUGUUCUACAGUACAAUUGCGUAAUCAAACAUCAAUCAUUCUAUUUAACUUUGAAAAUGGCACAUUUUUGUUUGGCACAGUAACAGAUCUUCAGACGCAAUUAAAGAGUUAUCAGUGAAUUUCCAUAUAAUGAUAAAUUACUAAAUUUGAAAGGUAUCACUAGAAUUUGGUACUCUACAAUAUGCUUAAAAAGAAUUAAAUAUUAAUUUGUCUUAUUUUAAAACACUUUUUCAAUAAAAAAAAAAGGAAUUAAUUUUCUAAAAUUUAGUUUUAAUAAGAAAAACAGGAUAAUGUGAAUAACUUUUUGUAAUGAUAAAAUAUGUUUAUUAAUAUCACAAAAUUGAUAAAUGAUAUGAUGAGACAAUUUAUAUUUCCAGUCAAUAUAAUUUUCCCAUGAUUAGAAAUACAAAAUUUCUUAACUAUAACAAAUUAUAUGUUUAAUAACUAACCCCAACCUCCCCUAUUAUUGGUAAAAAAGCGUAAAAACUAGACAACUUUAAAAAAUACGAAGGUACGCUAUAUAUUUUAUAAUAUCUUUAGAACAAAAUAUUUAAUCUAAACAAUCGGUUUCCUAAUUAAAAAACAACUUGCAGUGGUCAAAUGCCCUAAAAACUACACAAAUUAGUCAAAAAUGCACCUCCUCCUCCAAAAAAAAAAAAAAAAAUGGUUAAUACAUUUAUUUCAUCAUCAAAAUAGGCAUCUGCCUACUUUGAAAAUGAUAAACUUUAAACCUGAACAGAAUAACGCUCUUAGAAAAGCAAAAUAAUAUGAGAAAUAUUUUAAUUUAAGUACAUGGCAUUCGUUGAUAUUUGUUUUGUUCGCAUACUUUAACAACAAUUCCGAAAAUUCGAGAUGUGUUAUAAAUCCGGGCUUUAAAUUGUAAUCGAACGAUUCGAAGGAACAAUUUUCGUUAGUUUAGAUUUUCUUGAUCAGUCUAUGUUAUGAUAUUAUAAAAUAAAACAAUUUGUAAUAUAUUAAUAAUUUUGAUUCAAUAAGAGAUACAAUUUUAUACUAUGUUUAUCUUUUCUUUCUAGGACUUAGAUUAAGACAAUAAUUAUAGAAGUCAAACAUUUUAGUUUUGUAGCAAUGCCAUUUAAAUCUAUUUACAUAAGAACGUACAAAAAAUAUAAAAUUAAAAUGAAAACAAUUAAUUUUGGUUUAAAUUUCAAAUGCUCUUAAUAUUUAUUGUAGUACUGUAUCGUGUUGAAAAAAUUUGUCAGGCUUUAUGUUCAACAGAGUGAUUGCAAAAGCCUAAAAACAAAUAUUUCUUGUCCUUUGAAUAAUUUCAAUCAAAGCUUGAUAAACUCUAAAUAAAGUAAUAGUACCUUAUUAUAUAGUUGCGAUCGUUUCCAACCGUAACGACAUUUGUUGUUAAUUUUAAAUUGUUAAAAAAAAAAAAAACUGUUUGGAAUCUAGAAAAUAUGUCUCAGUAAAGUACCGCUGUACGUUAAAUCUACAUAUCUUUCAGUAAGACGCAAAUAAUUUUAAGCAUUUUUUUUACUAGCCAAACAAAUGUUUUCCGAGAAAAAAAAAUAUCUCAGUACGGUUAUAAUAGGAUAUUAUACGAGUAUCAUAAUUUAAUAGUUUUUCAAAUCGUUAAUACCGGAUGUGCACGACUGUGUCAACUUGUCGAAACAUUUUAGUAACAAAAUCGUUUGAAAUGCUACUCCUGAACCGAGGCGUGCCCUAUCGAAUCCGCCGUCAUUUAUGCUGACGCACAAUUUCACAUAAAACUUUACGAAUUUCGGACGGGUCAAUGCCUAGGCGAGAAAUAAUACACACGUUAUAUGAUCAUUGAUCAAACCAGAAAUAAAUAUUCGUGUUCAAUGUAUUAUCUAAUAUACAUAGUUGUAUAUCGCUUUGGAAAUGUCAUCAGUGGACUUUUGUUCUUGACUGGUAGCGCGAUAGCUUUCCAGGAUUUAUGCCUUAUGUGGCUGUAAUUAGCCGAGUUCAAAUGAAACAUUAUCGAUUUGAUCAUGUUCAUGAUUACCAAUGCAUUUUGGAUCUAGUCAAUGCAUUGGAAAGGAGAUCAUUUUUUUUUAUUUCUUAUGUAAUUUCAAAAUAAUUGAGAUAAACUGACAAAAAAAAUAUAUAAAAAAUGAAUUAAUAUUUAUGGCACGCCGGGGCGUUACCGAUUUCAUUAUUUUUAAUUUGUACAGUUUUUGUUUUCUACCAUAAAUAUUACAUCAAUGAAACAAUUUCAAGAUAUCUUUUUUUGUUACAUUUUGAACCCAGCUAAUGAAUUAGAAAGUUGUUUUUUUUUCUUAAUAAACAGUAGUUUUCUAUUAUUUUUUUUUGUACAUAAUUUUUUUAAGAUAAAAUUUUGUUAAGAACCAUACACAUUACGAUCUUACAAAUCAUGUAUAAAAGAACUCCGAUCAGAAUCAUUUUUCGUUAGAAAUGGUACUCUGUGGAUAAAAUUCUUAGACAUAACAGAAAUGCUUGAAACUAUGACUACUAUAAUUCGUACUUAGUGGACAAAAAAAUAAUUGAGUGUAAUGUAUAGUAUUUUUUUUCCAUAAUAGUUUUAAAAAUUAAAUUUUGACGAAAAUCGUAAAUAUUACGACCUUUUGAAACAUAUAACCAAACUUCGCGUCGUUAGUAAUGGUCUCUCAUUGGUUACAGGUUUAAAUUAAAUAACUUAAUGUAUCCCACCUUCUUGACUAUGCAUUCACAAUAGUGACCAUACCCAACCCCAGUAUCAGGUCUUUUUUUUUUUGUUAUAGGUAUAAUACAUGUUAUUUAAAUAAAUCUGAAGACUGAAUAUUAAAAUUAUUACAAUUUAAUAAAAUCAAAUUGUUUUUUUUCUACUUAAUUAUUACUGUACUUAAAAUUUAAAUAAAAUAAAAUACUGCAUUGUCUGAAGAAUAAAAAAUAAUAGAUUUUAAUUUUUUAUUUACUUGUCGUAAAAUUAUCAUAAUAUUAUUAUGUAAUAUACGAGUACUAUUAUGUUGAUUUUUCAGAUUUUUUAUAUUUAUUUUAAACGAGAUAAGUUUUAAUUCGAAAUUAUGUGUGAUUUUGGGUCAGGUUUAUUUAUUAAAUACAGCUGUUAAAAAAAAAUGUAAAUUCGGUUUAACGAUGACUUAUUUACAUAUAAAUCAUUUCAGAACCAUCAAAAUGAAUACCCAAAGUAAUUAUUUAUUUAUAUGAUGUAAUAGAAAUUAUUUCUUUAAAUGCUGAGGGUAAAAAAUUACGCGUAUGAUCAUAAACGCUGAUUUUCGACUUCAAUAUACAUAUAAUGGCCAUUCCAUUUUUUUUUUUUAAUCGAAUAAAACACACCAUUUUGAAAUGAAUACCUAUAAUAUGUAUGGCUAAUGUAUACAUUCAUUUUAUACUGAUGUUUAUGGUUAAAUAAUAUAUAUCAUAUUUUACGUGUUGUUGUUCAUACAGUUUUUUGAUUGGAAGUAUACUAUGAAGAAGUACUAUCGUAGUAGUAGUAAGAUUGCAAACAAAUUUUUUUUUUUUUAAUACCAACCUUUAAGUAAAUUGUUUAUUCGACCAUAAUGCAAUAGCAUUAAAUUAUUCUGAAAAAAUAAUCAGUAUAUUUACGAGAUAAAAAAGAAAAGAAAAUAAUUCGCCACGUCUAUCAGUAACCCAUUGACGCGGCGGUCUUCAGAAAUCUCGACUGAAUGAGACGUAUUUGACUUUCAGUUUUAUAAAUUAAAUUUUUCGUCGGAGGCAAAAAAAAAAAAGUUUAUUUAACGGAACACUUCGAAGGAACUCUUUUCCGUUUUACACAAAAUACUAUAUUAUAUUAUCUAAUCGAAUCCGUUAAUCUAUCUCAACGAAAUAUUCGAUUGACAGACAUUAUAAAAAAAAUGGUAUAUUAGAAUAAUGUAUGAUGAUAUAAUUUGUUUUAUUCUUAUUAUUUAUUUAUUUUGAAUAAUAAUUAAUAUAAUACACGAGGGGGUACCCAAAAGUAACCGGACUAAUGCGUGGUGUCUAGCAAAUUGUUUGUAAUAUCGAUUUCUGUAGGUAGUUUCGUUUAGAGUAAUCUAUUCCUAGUUUUUUUGGCAAGUUAUUACUUCACUGUAAUAUUUCACUGGAGAAGUUCGGUACAAUUGUUUCAAACCUUUUUGUAACAGCUGUUUUAAGUGUUUGUCGGUCUUUUGAUGGCUAAUUUUCCCGAACAGCCUACAAUGUUCUAUGGUAGAUACAUCAUCGAUUUUCUAUAGGCCGAUUUCGCAAAUUUUUGUGAAAUUUUCCUCGGUUUAGGCCAACCGUGUUCCUGUAUGAGAUGAAGUGAGAUCAACCCUUUCCUUCAAGCCAUAUGAUGUUCCAUGUUUCACAAAAUAUCUAAUAACUAUAAUUCGCUCUGGAUAGUACUUCGAGAGCAACGAUUUAUCGUUGCGUACAGGUAUGAAACUCUAUGUAUCCUACCUUCCUAGCUUCUUACCUACAACAGUAGUACACCCACCAGAAGUGUCUGCUCUUUUUUCGUUAAAAAAACCAAAAAAAAAAUAAUAUAUCAUUUAUAGGUUAGAUAUAUUAAGAUUUUAGACACGGGCUAAGCAUGUACCUAUACUAUCGUAAAUAUACGAGUUUUCCACACGACGCACUACAGAUUGUUAUUUAAUAUUAUGUAAACUUCAUAAUAUUUUAUAGAAUGUGGUCGAAUAGAAUUUCCAAGCUUAAAAAUAAAUAUUGUAUAAAACCGCUAUUUUUCCCUAUAUUAUUAUAAUAUUAUAUCGUGUGACGUGUAUCGAAAUUUCAACGGAAAUCUUAUUUAAUAUUUACAACUAGGUCGACGGACGAUAACGAAAACGGAGAUAAUAAAACGAAUAGUCCUAUAUAUAUACUAUAGCUAUGUAUCGAAGAAAAGCGUAAAUAGAAUUUGAUGGAAAUAGAUAUACUCAUGCAUAUACGCGUACUGAAAAUUUUAAACUACAUUAAACCCAAAUGCUUUACGAUAUUUCUCAUAUUUCAUUGGGCCAUAAUGUAUGCGUAUUCAAAAUAUAUAUAUAUAUAUAUAUAUAUAUAUAUAUAUGUAUACACAUGCGUUGGGAAAUCGAAAAGGAAAUGGUAAUGUUUAAUGCAUACGGCAAUCAAUACUAUAUGUGUACAUCAUGAACCACGAUAGGUAUGGAAUAUAAUAAUUUUUUUUUUCACAUUUUCCGUUGUUACGUAAACAUAACUAAAAUCUAAAUAUCGAGUUCUCCGCAGUGCAUCGUGGUGCAUUUUCUAUGCGGUAUAUUUUAUUAAAUAACUGUCCAAAAAUGCUCCGAAAAAAUAGCCGAAAAAAUUGACUUUUAUCGAAAUAACAAUAAAUUGGAUAAUUAUCAUAAAAUGCUAAAAAAAAUCCUUUAUAAAUAUAAAAAACGGUGAAAAAUAGAUACAAAACAAAAUGUUUACUCUUGUAAUUGUUAUAUGUUUCAUCCUACGUGAUUUAUUACAGGCGUUGAUAAAAAAAUUGAUAAAGACGUCAUAGAAAUAGUAAAUAAAACGAUUGAAAAUUUGUGUUGAUGAAGAUUAUCUAAAACCUACAUUUCAAGGAAUAAUAUUUUUAAUUACUGAAUUUUAAAUAAUUCAUUAGUAUAAUUCUAUUAUGUAUAAAUGCGCUUUUAAAACUGAUAAACGACCGAAAAUGCUAACAUUUUAGUUAAAAGUAUCUGUUACAUGAAUUGAAUUAUGUACUUAGAAAACAUUUACUUAAAUCACCGCCCACCCAAAAAAAAAUUUCACCUUUUACUGAAAUCCGUGCCCCAUAGUUAUGUAUACAUUAUGAUUAUUGAUGUUAUUAUUGUGUGUUUUACUCACGAAAAAUAUUAUUUCAGCCGUACAGACAAGGAUCAAAGUGGGGAUUUAAUUUUUUUUAAAAAAGAGGAGCUACAAAAAUACACACAUUUUAAGCCAAUUUUAGACAUCUUAACCAUUAUUAUGUUCAAUAAAACUUAAACUACCAUUAGACGUUUCUAUUUAAGAAAAUGCAAAUUUCUAUGUGCAUGCACUAUGUAUGACAUUUUUACAAUUAUCUCAAAAUGUGCCUGAGAUUUCUGAAAAAAAAAAAACCCGAUUCAUUUGGCUGGAAUAAUUUGUAAUACCAUUCGAGUGAAACAUACUGUACAUGGCGAUUCUCUACAUUUAUAAAUUUCGUCAACCACAAAGUAAAUAUUCACUCAACCCUUUUUCACUCAACCCCGUAAUGUAUUUAAAAGUUUUCCCGGUGUACUGUUCCGCUCAGUAGGUGCACACUACUUCAAUUCGUAUAUGGGAUCCCAUAAUUAUAAUAAUAACAGUAAUAAUAAUAAUAAUAAAACUAAAACAAAUUUGAGUAACACAAAUUAAUUUGUUACCUUUUUUUUUUCUUGUUCAUUUACCCGAAAACAGUUUACCCACGCCAAAAUGUGUUGUUACAAUUCCACCAUUUUAAAAGAAUCUUUGUUAUAAUUAAUUUUUAACUAUUGUAAACGGAAUAAUCGUACCUAUACAAUUAAAAAAAUAUAUAUAUGUAUAUAAUAUAAAAUAUUCUAAAAUCUUCUAAGACUUAAACUACGUAUAAUAUUUUAUAAAAGGAAGUUUUUUUGUUUUUUUUAUUUAAUUUUCCUAAUUUUUAAUUAGAUUUUUAUGAGUGUUUUUACUAUUUUAUAGAUAAUUUGUCCAAAAAUUUUAAAGUUUAAAGGAUAAAUAAAAGUUUUAAAGGAGAUUUUUAAAUUUAAAUAUAAGCGCUCACUUCACACACAGUACAUAGAACUUUAAACUUUUUUUUUCAUUUCGGGAUUUGAAUUUAAUGGUUUUCACCGCUCACUUGUCACGGAUAACGGUUAUGUAUAGGUAUAGAAUUUUUUUUUUUUUUUCAAAUAUAUAGUUCAAUAAAAUAUUAUGAUAAACUCCAAAAAUGUUGGUAUUCAAUAGUACUCCUUGUAUUGAAAUCGGUAUGUUUUUUAACGGUAUAUAUUAUAGAAAAUCAAAACAAAGAAAAAAAAUAAUAGGUUUAGGUACACCAAGAUAUUUCAUUACAUUUUUAGUUUCGUAUUUAGAUUUUCAACGUACAACGUAUUAUUUCCUAAAGAAAUAGUUUCUUUAAUGUUCGUUCUGUAAAGUUAAUCCGUCUAUACCAAAUCAAACAGGAUGGACCUGCGGGGAAUUUUCAUCGAUAUUCUCUGUGUUUUGACACUGAAUAAAUUCCAUUGGAAAUCUAGUAGUGUGUGAUUUUGGUGCGUAUCUAUUAUAAAGUAAAUGUUAAAUGAUUGAGUUAUUAAAUUGUUCAACAAAAUAUUAUAUUCUAUAAUAUAGGAAAUAUCCUCACGGGGAAGAGAAGGGGUGGCUCGCCCUUGGAAUGUCCAACAUUUAAGAAGGAUUGGUCUUUCUGUCUGUCCUUGAAGCAUUAUUAAGGGAGUGAGGAGUGGACACACAGAGAAUAUCAUUUAAAAAUACCCUAACACCCUAUAUAUAUAUAUAUAUAUAUAUUAUAUGUAGAUAAAUGUAGCCGGUUCGCGAUAAAAGAAUCACUGAAUAUGUACGUAGGUGUGUAUAAUAACCCCAUCGUAAUGUAGAGCGCAAAUAAUGAACUAGUUUACCUUAUGGUUUCUUUACGGUAUUCCGAAUACUUAAUAAUAUUUUCCUAUACCCGAUGCAAUAUAUAUAAUAUAUCAACAUAAUAAUAAUAUUGUUAUCAUGCAAUCGAUCGCGACAACAUAUUCUGCACGGUAUAUAUAAUAUAUUAUUAAUUAAUUAACGAAAUUACAUUAUUGUUUUAUGAAGAUAUUAUAUAUGUAUAAGUACGAAUAUUUAGAAGAGUGCUCGUCUGAUUCGCAAGUGAGGUCAACGUCUAUUAAAAUGUAAAAUAUUAUUAUUGUUGUUAUUGUAAUACAAGACUAAUCUGAAUUAUUCGAGUUUGUUUUUGCCUUCUUUUUAAAUAUUUGUCAACUUCGUUGGGCUUACUUCUUAGUUAUACACAUUGAUAUGUGCCUGAAAUAUUUGUUCGAUGCAGUGUUUUUCUUUGGUUCGUAUAUUAUAUUCUUAAAAACCUUGUAUCUACAUUUUCUUAUUUAUUUAUUUAUUUUCACAACGGUAAUACAUCUACAUGUGCAUACCUGUUUUACAGUUUGUUUGCAAAAAUAAAAAGAGCUGAUACUGGGGAUGGGAGCGGCCACUGUUGUAGGUGAGAAGUUGGGAAGGUAGGAUACAUAAUUUUAUUUCAAUUAUAUCUGCAAGCAACAAUAAAGAAUUACUGACGUAAGACGAUUCCGAGCGCAAUUCGGUAAUACAUAAUUUGAAUUGCCGUGAUUUUUUUUUUUUGAUUUUCGUUUAAAUUUGAUUUCAAAACGCUUAUUAAAAAAGAAGUCCUACAAAAAUAUACUCUCUUGUUGUUUUUUUAUUUGGAGCCAUAUUUGUGCUAGAAAACAUGGUAGGUAUUUAUUUAAAAUAAUAUCGUGAAAAAAUCGUAUUUUUUUUCCCGGUUAAUCAUUUUUAUUUAAAAUACCGUUUUGAAAAUCAAAAAUGACCUAUGUAUUUACCAAGUAGAUAAAAUUAACUUUCAGAAAAGGUGCUACAAUUAUACAUCGGAGUAAGUUUACUAGGAUAAAAGUGAUCUAAAGUGUAAAAAAAAAUUAGUACCAUGGUAAAAAAAUUAAAAAAAGGAAAAAAAUGUCGUCCGAUGAUUCUGGAAAUUUUACCACGUCUAUGUAAGUCUAAUAUGAGUAUUAAUACCAAAUUUCAAGUCACUACGUGAAUUUAUAACCAAAUUACAGCAAACAAAACUACCGUUAUACUAAACGCUUAUACAUGAAAAACGUAACAUAAAGAGCAUCGGGCCAGUAUCGAUUACAUUUCUUUAAUAGUUGUUUUUAAAUUUCCAGUUUCACGGGCACACUUUGUAGUUAUGCAUAAUAUAAUAUGGUUUUUCAAUAAUCAAUUUGUUAACUUAUGGAGAACGAGAUGCUGGUCAAAGUUUGUCGGGUAAGACGUAAGGGAAGGGAAAGCACAUUUAGGAUACUGAGGGCAUACUGAUACGGGAGAAGUUAGUUGAGAUACGGGAACGGGUAAAAUGUCUAGACAUCAGUUUUUUACAGGGUCCACGGCUCCACUCCCAGGCCCCAGGUACUCCUGUGAUAUAGGAUACAGUGUUCAAGGAUACAAGAGACUGUAGCGGAUACAGCUGGCGGGUGGGCAAUCUGCCUUCGGCGCACUGGAUGCAAUAUAACAUGUAUGAUACAUGAUAAUGCUGAAUACAGAGGAAAUUAAAAUAUAGGAGUGGCAAUACAGAAGGAUUCGGGAAUGUCUAAUGUUAGUGUUCUCGGAUGUGGUUACAGCCAGUAUACCUGGUGUAAUACAGGAGAAAUUUAAAUAUGGAGGGAUUGAAUUCAUCACGACUGAAUGCAGUAUAACGUCUAUAUGUAUAUAUAUACAUACAUGAUAUAUAUUUAUAUACCGGGAAUAAAACUCGUCUAGAUGUCAGUAUUUUGUGUUCAAGAAAACAACUUAUAACUGAACAUUUUUAUAUUAUAUUAUUAUAUUAUGUAAGUUCCUACUUUUGUGUAUUAAUUAAUAACUUAAUAUAAACCAUCCAACCGUAGCUAUACAGUUGUGAAACUUCCGAAUUGUUAUAUUAUUAUAUUAAAUAUUACAUUAUAGGUACCUGUUAGUUGGUUUUAAAUUUAAUAUGUAAAUACCUAAUAGUAUAACGGGUAGAAUACAGGGGAAAUUAAGAUAUGAAUGACGUGAAUGUCUAGAUAUCAGUUUUUACUAUUGUAAUAUUGUGUUGAAAAAUUUGAAAAACAUAAUGAAAACAAUAAACCUUGUUGGCAAUACACUGAAUUCUUGUAGAGAAAAAAAAAAUAAAUUCCUAACAAUGCUAUUUUUAUUUACUAUUAUUAUAGGUAUUCGGUAUGUUACCUCUUAAUAGAAAUCAUAUUACCGUAGGUAUACAUUUGUUAAACUUCAAAUGUUUAUAUUAUUAUAUUAUGUGUAAAUACCUGCUGGGAGAGGUAGUUAAAAUAACAGAGGUUUGAUAAUGGAGCAAUGAAAUAAAUAAUAACCAAUUGUUAACUAAUGUAUUGUACUGUAUUCUGAAUACAUAAGGACUUCUUUACGUAUUUAUACAAAUACAUUAAAUAAGAAGUUAUAUUAUAUAUUAUACUAUAUUAUAUACCAAAAAUUGUUUAACCGUUGUUUAGGAGUCAAGUACUAUAUUUUCUAGAUAAGUAAGAAUAAGUGAAAAUAUUGUCACAUAUUUCCAUACUGUCUUUUAAAUUCACUUAAGUACACUGUUUCAUGCAUUAUUACUUUUAAUUAUAAUAUAUCUAUAUGACCAUUAAACACAAAAAUAAAUUGAACAAUUAGAAAUAUUAUUGUGAAGCCGUUUUAAACAGGUUAAAAAUAUAUAAAUACGCGAUUAUUAUACGGCAGCGUUAUCAUCGUACGCGGUUGUUAAACGAAAAUCUCAGGUAGAUAUUAUAACAGUACAUAUACAGGUAUAGAUCUGUGCAUACAGUGGUGUUAUCAUUUCCUUCGAAACAACGGUAAAACAAAUAAUAGAUUAAUCGUAUAAAUCCCUGAAGCGUACAGGUUUUAGACGUGCCCAUAUUUCGAUAAAUAUAUGAAAAAUAUAAAAAACAGAUUAUUAUAAUAUAUUAUAGGUAUUGAAUGAACAAAUACAACUAAUUUUGUAUUCGUUGAAUAUUUUAAUUUAUUUAAAGUUUAAUAUAUGUAAAUGUACAAUCGGGAAACUGAGCCGUUUUUCAGACGUUCGGAAAAACCGUCCGAAAUGGUGAAUAACUGUGAGAGAAAAACUGUGUAUGAAAAAAUAAAAAAACGUUUAAUAUAAUAAUUAUAACAAUAAUAAAUAUAAGUCGGGCAAAAAUAUAUGAAAAAAUAUUCGAAAAAAAAAAAAAAAUUGACCGGUCGGACGGCCAGGUUAUUCUUACGGAGCGCACAAAGGCGACGGCGCCGCCGUGAAUCGAACCGGGGACCUUAAUCACUUAUACUACCUAACCUGCGUAUCAACUACCUAACCUACGUUUUACGGGUAUAUAAGUCGCGAUUAUUAAGCGAGUAAAUACGUAGUAUAACCAUAGCGACGAUAUUACCGUACCGCUCGUACGAAUAUAAAUGACAACAUAGAACCAUACAACCAUAGAUGGACAACAACCAGCUGGUCUUACACAGAUGGAGCGAAACACGUUUUCGGAAGACGGAAAAGUUGGAAAACGAAAACCGUACGUUCGGGAAUCGCGUAAAAUACGCAAAAUAUUUUUAAAAGAUUGUGUAAGAGUUUUAAAGUGGCAAAACCGUGUAAAAAAACAUUGUUGAAACGAAAUUUAAAAAAACCAAGAAUCCCCCAAGUCGAAAUAACGGACACUCACCAAAAAAAUGUAUAUAGCGCCGCCGUUGUCAUUUUAUUAUUUAAUAUUUAAUUUGUUUUUUUCAUGUGAAUGAAAGGAUCGCAAGAUUCUUCCUUCUUCCCAUUCGACAUUUUUCCUGGUUACAUUACUACAAUUAUUUGUUUUUGUUUUACCAUAAUGUAGUUAAACGCUCGCUUAAAAAUAAUAAAAUAUCAUCUGAUAUUGUUAAUCAUAAAACGUUUCGUGAAUGGAAUUUUGUCUAGUAUCUAUCUAGUAGUAUGUUUAUGAUUAAUUACAAAAUUUCGUGUAAAUUAUAGUUGUUAUAUACACUGUAUACAGCAACCAUAUUAUACAGAAUGACUCUGAUAACCCCAUUUUAUUAGUUAAAUUUUGCAUACUAUGUUCAAAUUCUAAUUUUUGAAAUUUUUAAUUGUAGUUUAAGUCGAUAUUUUUGAAUACGUAGAUUUUUCACAAUAGUUCCAUAAAUAGAUGAAGUAUUACUUUAAAUAAAUUGUGAUGUUAAAUUUUUUGAUUACUGAUACUCCGUAAAUAUUGUGAAAAAUUAAAAAAUUCAAAAAAUCAUAAUUUGAAUGUAUUCACAAUUUAACCAAAACAAUGGGAUGAGCACGCUUAGUGAAUGAACCUGUAUAAUAAUAUACAAAUAUAUAACAACGACGUACUCUGAAUAUUUAUUAAUAUUGUGAUAGUAAUGUUUUAUAUAAGGUACAAGUGUGCAAUUGCAGUAAUAUUCGGGUGAAUAUAAAUAUUAAAAUAUUUAUAAGUUUCAGUUAGAGCCAGAAUAAUGAUAUAAAAGUGACCGAGAUCUGCAUUAAGAUUUUGAGGGCACUUAUUAAAAAAAAUGUAUUAUACGUUUAUAUUUGAAGAUGUAACGUGAAUAAAAGAUGUCCUAGGAUAAUGAGGACGGGUGCAGCCACUGCUAUAGAUAAUUUAAUGUUUAACGAUAAACCAUUGCCUACGAAAAUCGAUUCUGAGCGAAGUUCAAUUUAUAGUGAUGCUUUGUCAACAAUAAUUAUGUAAUUUUAUAGUAAAAUAAUUAAAUAGGCUUUAUUUAUUUUCUUUAAUAAAAUUUGUUUAAUGUUGUUCCGAUUUUCCCAAUUUUCCUACUUUUCCCCAGUUUUCACAUGUUUUAUCCCGGUUUUUCACAUUUACUAGGAAUAGUCCUGAUAAAAUUGAAAAAUUACCUCCUUAUAGUACCUCUCUAAUUUCAUUUCAGAAAAGGUGCUAUAAAAAAAUAAACAUCUUUGUAAAACCAUAAGCUUCUUGGCUCCACUCAGAAUCUAAAAUGUUAACAGACGUUCAAUAAAAACAAGCAAACAUAGAUAUUAGACAUAUUCAUAAAUAAUUUAAUUUUUGUAUGCUGUUAUUGUGAUUUUAUUUUAUUUAUAAGAAUUUAUAUAGGGUCACGCAUUUCUUAGCCCUUUUCUCUCCCUACAGACAAUUAUGCGUUAUGCAAUACAAUUAUGUUGACCCUAUUUUUGUUUUUCUUUCGUAGGACGCCGGUUCGAGUGGGCAUCAAGUGCACCUGUUAAAGUUGACUAGACUGCUGAGGUUGGCAAGGCUACUGCAGAAGAUCGACAGAUAUUCGCAAUACGGCGGUAUGAUCCUUACUCUGUUGAUGCUCCUGUUUACGUUGGUCGCCCAUUGGUUCGCGUGCAUUUGGUACGUGAUUGCUGAUAGCGAACGCCGUUUACACGGAAAGAAUUGGGAUCUAGGUAAAUAUCAAUAA